ACUGACCCAAGUGCUGCCAAAUGUCCUUUGGUGGCUUGUGGUUGGUUAGGUGGGGACCAACUGUGUUUGGUGCAAGUCAGCAUCUUUAGUAUUCAUCUAGUGCUAUUUGGUAUCUCCUCAAAGCUUUCCAAAUACCUCCCUCAGACCCUAGCAUGGGUGCAUGCUCAUUAA